ACUGUAUAAAGGACCAACUUUGCUGCAUUUGUUUGGUUCUUUCAUCUGGUCCCAAGCAAUCCAGUGAAGUUGUGAGAAGUGGAUUCAAAAUGACCAGGCUCACAAUUUUAACAGGCUUAUGUCUGGUGAUAUGUCAGCUGGGAUCUGCCACCAAGAUGGUGUGCUACUUCACUAACUGGUCCCAGUACAGACCUGGUGAGGGCAAGUUCUUGCCACAAGAUGUGGACCCCUUCCUUUGCACCACCCUGAUUUAUGCCUUCUCCAUCAUUAACCAUAACAAUGAGUUGGUUCCCUAUGAGUGGAAUGAUGAUGUCCUCUACAAGUCUUUCAAUGCCCUGAAGACCAAGAAUCCUCAUCUGAAGACUUUGCUGGGUGUUGGUGGAUGGAACUUUGGUUCACAACAGUUCUCCAUCAUGGUGUCUACUCCAGCUAACCGGCAGAAAUUCAUACAGUCUUCUAUCAAAUUCUUGAGAACUCAUGGAUUUGAUGGUCUGGAUCUGGACUGGGAGUACCCUGGUGCUCGUGGAAGUCCCCCAGAAGACAAACAGAGGUUCACUCUGCUCUGUAGGGAACUCGUUGCUGCCUAUGCAGCUGAGGCCAAGGCCACUGGCAAUCAUCAGCUCAUGCUGACUGCUGCAGUGUCUGCUGGAAAGGGAACUAUUGAUGGUGGAUAUGAGAUUGCUGAAAUUGCCAAGGAACUGGACUUCAUCAGUGUGAUGACGUAUGACUUUCAUGGAACUUGGGAACAGUUCACUGGACACAACAGCCCUCUGUUCCGUGGUUCAAAGGACUUUGGUGAUCUAAUCUACUUCAACACAGACUUUGCCAUGAAGUACUGGAGAGACAAUGGCGCUCCACUGGAGAAAUUGAGGAUGGGUUUUGCUACUUAUGGUCGUACCUUUCGCCUGACGUCAUCAGAAACUGGUGUUGGAGCCCCAGCUAGUGGCCCUGCAUCAGCUGGUCCAUACACACGUGAAGCUGGAUUCUGGUCCUACUAUGAGAUCUGUGGCUUUGCGAAGGAUACCAAAAUUCAGUGGAUUGAAGACCAGAAAGUCCCCUAUGCCACCAAGAACAAUGAAUGGGUGGGAUUUGACACCAGGGAGAGUUAUGAGACUAAGGUGAGGUACCUACAGGAGCAGAAAUUUGGUGGUGCCUUUGUGUGGGCCCUUGAUUUGGAUGACUUUGCUGGACGAUUCUGUGCACAGGGCAAACACCCUCUGAUGUCUCAUCUCCAAAAACUUCUUGAUAUUAAGGUGCCCCCACUUUCCACUACUACCACCCCCAAACCUGGUGCUACCACCACCUCCACAACCACCACUACUACCACCACCACUCAUGCACCAGGACCCGGCUUCUGCAAUGGCAAGCCUGAUGGACUGUACACCAACGAAGAUGACAAAACCAGCUUUUACAUGUGUGCUGGUGGCAUUACCCAUGUGAGGUACUGCGGGACAGGAUCUAUCUUUAAUGACAGCUGUAAGUGCUGUGUCUGGCCAUAAGUGGAUCCAAUGUAUAUAGAACAACUAAU